CGCUAGCAUAGCAAGCUACCGAGCUAACUAGAUAGCCUCUCCAGUUUACUUAUUCUAACCCUCAGAAAGUGUUUCAAAACGGGGUGGGGAAACAGUGCAAAGAAGCCAAAAACGUACCACUUCCACACAGAAUGAGAGGAGAACUUUUUUCCGCUGGAUUUCAGCCAUGGCAUUUCGGCUCGGCAGCGUGGAAGACGUGAGAGGCCCUGAUCCAGCCUGACGAGCAGCAGAAACACGCAAAAGGAAACGCCACCAGCGACGCCACAGCAGACCAACUUUCUUGACAUUUAUCUUCAGCAACCAGUUAAGCAGACAGCGGGGGCAGCCAUGCUGAUCAUCUUACUCCUCAUCAUCCUAUUCCAUGUGGCUGCAGCCGUCCUGCUCUUUGUUGCAACCAUACACAACGCAUGGUGGGUGGUGUCGCCGCCUGGACGGGACGUCAUCUACUCGGACCUGUGGUACUCCUGCAAUGCCACCUGUUACCCCGUGGAGAAGAGCCAUACGCCUGACGCAGCCUACCUGCAGACAGUCCAGGCCACCAUGAUCCUGGCCACCAUUUUAUGCUGCAUCAGCUUCUUUGUCUUCAUUCUUCAGCUCUUCAGGCUCAAGCAAGGAGAGAGAUUCAUCUUCACUGCUAUUAUUCAGAUAUUGGCCUCUCUGUGUGUGAUGAUCGCGGCGUCCAUUUACACGGCUGAGAACAAGUCCUUCCAUGUGACCAGUCUCCACGACGGCUCUUACGGAUCCUCCUACAUUUUGGCCUGGGUCAGCUUCCCAAUGACUCUAAUCAGUGGCGUCAUGUAUCUGGUGCUCAGGAAACGCAAGUAGGCGUCACGGCGUCGGCACACGGGCGUACGUACCACUCGGAUGUAGGUUAUCGAGGAAAACAAAUGUGCAGUAUGUUCACGUUGCAGUAUCGCUAGCGUAAUACCACGCAUCCUGUAUCACAAAAAAGUACAAUGAAUCUCACUGGGUGGAUUUAUAGCUACGAAAACAUCGUUCAGGAUACAUUUUUAUUGUAUGAACUGUUGUGUCAAUUUGCAAUUCAGGUUUGGCAAGUGUCAUGUGAUUUCCCCAGCUAGAAGUAUUGCUCCGCCAAAGGCCAAUUUGCAUAAAAUCUAGGUGAACGUCGACUCCAUGAGCUGUUCUACACAGCUAUGAAAAGAGGACUAACAACAACCGGGUGCUAAUCUGACCUUUUAGUUUACUAGUUACUAGCCACAGUCAUGUGACCUGCUUCCCAAAGUAUACUUACGGCACACUGUCUGAUCAAUUUGUACAUUUCUGGAAUAUAUGGUUUAAAAUCCACUGGAACCUUGGUUAGCGUCCUUCAUCCGGCCAAAACGUACUCUAACCAAAAGUUUCCCGCAAUCAAUGAAUCCGCUCUAGAAAGCCAAAAAUGUUAACACAAAACAUGUUUUUAAACUUUUACAAUGAUAGUUUUACAUGCAGAAAACACUUGGACAUGCAUAUUAAGGACGAAUGCCAGCGAUAAAUGAACAUUUCACGUCACAGCUAUGAGUUAUUGAAUUCAACAGUGUUUCUCACUUGCUUUAUCAAAAUCCUGGCACUUGCAACUUUUCUUAAGUUCUGUUGUGGGUUAUUUUGCAGCCGUGAUCAAAAGGAAAGCAGAGACUUGUGGCGUAACGGUGUUGGCUAGCGAAGAACUACAGAGCCACCCGCUGAUGACAUCAUAGACAGCCAUGGAGGUGGUUUCAGUUUCCCGUUUCCAUGUAUUAGCAAGCUAAUAGGCUGCCAACAAGAAUGUUUUUACUUAAAAAUACACGGUUGUACUCAGGCAGUGCAUUAAUAACACAAAAAUAUCGUACGCAAAGCCAAUUUUUUUGGUACAUUUUUUUAUGUUAACCUAAAAUCAUGCUGACCGAGGUUCCACUGUAUUACUGUACAAAGAUAAUAGCAUGCUAACACAGACGUUUUGUGAUAAAAAAAUACAUUAACGCAAAACGAGGCAAAAUUUUGGUGUAAAUUUUUUAUGUUAACCAAAAAACACGCUAACCGGGCCGUAUGCGGUAUGAGGUUGUACUGUGUUAGCAAGCUAAUAUCAUGCUAACAAGGACAUUUUGUGAUAAAAAUGCAGUGUUUUAAUAACAAUACACGACGCUGCGCCAUAUUGUAGGCUAACCGGAAAAUAUACACAAAUAAGUCAAAAUGUUGGUAUAGAUUUUUGAUGUUAACUGAAAAACUCGCUAACUGGGCCGUACGCUAACUGAGGUGCCACUGUAUUAGCAAGCUAAUGGCCUGCUAACAAGGAUGUUUUGUGAUUAAAAAUUCAUGAAGGAAACAGUUGAACUCAUGCAGUGUAUUAAUAUCGUCAUAUUGUAUGCCAACAUUUUUUGUCGUUAACCAAAAAACACCAACCGUGGUCCCACUGUAUUCCAGUAAAAAAAACAAAAAAAACAAAAAAAAAACACACACACACACACACGUUGGUUUUGUCUCACUGGGUCCACACCUUUUUUCCUGAGAAGCUAUUAACAAAUGAACCAUUUUGUACAUAUAUAUUUGCUGUGUAUGUGUAGCAUAGUUAUUCUAAGACUGAAGUACUAAUGUCUUUAAUAACGAGUAGUAAAGCGUAUGUUAACCAUAGCAUAGAGGAAGUCUAGCGAUAUGAUUUGUAGGAUUUGGACAUGUUGUCUGUGACUGCGUCUGUUUUAACGGUGAACACGUAAAGCGAUGAUGUGCUGUGAUAUUUGGGAUUUAAACAUGCAAACUUGAAAUAGGAAUGUGUGCUUAUUAUUAUUAUUUUUUUGUCACUGUUAUAUAUUAUUUUGUCCUCAACCAGAAGUAAAGUGACACAAAAUCUAUUUAUUAAGACAAUUGUAGCACAUAUUAACAUGACAUUAUUCUAUGUGCAUGUGUCUCUGAUGAUAUGUGUGCCAUUGCAUUGUGCCUCCCGACAGUACCAUCGAUAUUUGCUUACAAUGUAGCACUAAUUUUUUAAAUCUUUUUCUUGGUGUGGUUUUAACAUAGAAUCUUUUUUUUUUUUUAAUUUGGAAACAAUGUACAACAAUGUAGUAAUGUGCAGAGUUCAGCUACAUGAUCAGUGAUGCACUGGCUUGUUUUGUCACGAUUCUAUUUCUUUCAAACCUGAUAACUCUCUAGCCUGACUCCAAUAAAGAUUCAGGGAAAUGGAUGGAAGGGCUUGGCUCUGCUAUGUCGAGAUGCUACUUGGAACAUGAUCAAAGUAACAUUUUGGGCAUGAUGGUUUUUUUUUGUUUGUUUGGUUUUUUU